UCCGCGUGUGUCAUAUCGUACGUUGUUAUGUGUGCUCUUAUAAUAACUUUUAAAUAAAAUUUAAUAACACGUGCUUGGGUUCAUUCACAAAAUUUAAAUAAUUUUAGCACUUUGUUAAUAUACAUUUAAAAAAAAAUCAAACAAAGUGAAAAAUAAUUUUUAGCUAGUAAAAAAUAGUAAUUUUCAAAUGAAAAGUGAUAGUGAUAAUUGAUAGUCAAAAUAUAAUAAAACAAAUUAUUUUAUUGAAUUUAUUAUAAUAAAGAUGAAAAUAUUUUGAAAAUUUCACAUUAAAACAGUGAGCAAGUGACAAACUUUGCUGAAGAAACAAUUGUGACCGAUGAACUAAAGUGAUAAAAAUAAAUCAUGAAAAAUUUCGGCAUAAAGCCAAAUCGACUCAAGUGAAAUAUAUAUCGGGUCACUUGAUAAGAAUAUUCAAAUAAUAUCUAUCUCAUUUAUAUUAACAUGAGAAAUCAAAAAUAUAAAAAUAACGUUGAUUCCAUUCAUUAAAAUUAAAUCCGAUGGUUGUUAUUGAAAUACUCCGUUAAUAGAAUCAUAAAAAAAAUUUUUUUUAUUGAAAAAAUCAUUCAGUUUUUUUUAACAACCCUUCACCUGUCAAUCUUUCGUAAACUCAUCAGACACCCGCAGCUUCAAUAAAUGCAUGAAAAAUGUUUUAAAAGCUUGAUCGCACGUGAUCAUACAUAUUCAAAGGGCGUGUAUAUUUCUAAAAGAAAAAAUUGAUUUUCUCUCAUAUAGUACGUGUAUGGGUCUUUAUUCUAAAUGAAUACUUAUUUUCAUAACCAUCUUUUCAGUGAUCGCUGUACUAGAUAACAAUUAAAAAAUAUAAUAAUCCGAAAAAGUUUUUUUAUUACUUUUUGAGUUUUUUCUGUCGGUAGGAAAUUUAUUUGUUCUCUUUAAUAAAAGUUGAAUAAUUUCAUUUUUUUUUUAACUUACGUUUUUAUUCAUCGAAUGUAUAUAGAUACAUAUGUAUAUUUAUUUAGGUAGACUGUUUAUUUAAUGUAAAUUAGUAUAAACAUUUUAGUAGAAAGUAUAAAACAAUAUCAUAAAUUGACAAGUGCAGGAGAUUGGUGUGUUAGGGGUAUUUGGGGUGGACAAGUAUAAUCUAAUCGGGUUCAACGUCAAAUGAAUGUGCUUGCCUCGGACAUUCGCGAUAGUGAUAGGGAAAUCGAGAGACGGCAGACGUACUCGAUUUAAAUACAUAAAUGUGCGAGAGGUAUCCACAAUGGUGGCCCGGCUCCCGCAACAAGUUCUUCUGCUUCUCAUACUUGUUACUACAGUCACUUCGGGAAGCACCGAUAAAAAACAAGAGCCGGAACAGAGUAUCAUGGUUACUAAAGGGAAUACAAAGUCAUUGGACAAGGAAACGAUCAUCUCAUCGAGGCAGAACUUACUGGAGAGUGUUAUAUCAACCUCAAGAGAGUUUUAUCCUACUCAACGUCCAAAAGUGUCAGAUUCCAAUAUCCUAUCACAGAAGAUGGUAUCCUUCGUUCAUAUCAAUGCAUUGAACGAUAUAACUGAAAAGACUUCAUAUAUCACUCAUAACCACAAGAUGGAAAAGGUUAUCGAUCUGUCAGAGCAUAGAGUAAAUAAAAAAAUUUAUAAAACUGAUUCCGAGUUCGUUGGUACGACCAUUUUCCCAUUUACUAAAGGGAGUUUGGUGAAUCGAAUUUCAUUCCAAUCAGUUCCUAGCCAAUUGGCUACUCCGGAAAGAAAGGAAGCUCGUUUAACGAGACUCAGUGGUUUCCGUGCGACCACCGAAUCGUCAGCGGGGGUCGAGGAAAAAGCAAUGGGGAAAUUUUCGCAAGGAAAUUCUGUAGGAAUUGAGAAGUAUGGAGGAAACGUACUACGGACUCUCGAUGCAACCACGGAAACCACUGAAGUAAGCUCGAUCUCAUUCAGUUCAAGAAUUCAAAUGAAUUUAGCCCUCACGGUUGCGGGUAUCGACGACGAGACACCACAAAUCUUUCAAAAUCAUUCACAAACAGAAAGCAAUAUUGAAAUACUCUCCCACACAACUGAUUUUAAUUCAACCAUCCCUCCAUUCCGAUUUCAAUCAGGAGCAGUCGUAAACCAGGUGACACUUGUUUCCAGUUCUGUAACUACUACAUCUACUGUUAAAGAAAACAUAAAGAAAGAGCAACAGUGGCUUUCAACCCAGCCGAAUAUUUCUCUCAAAGUUGCCCAGGCAUCAGUGUUACCUAAUUCAACACUAAAUCGAUGGACUCAGGAUACGACUAGUGAAUCAACCUUAUCGAACACAGCUGUAAGUUUACCCCGACGUUAUAUGCGAGAUAUAUCAGAUACCUCUUGUGACAAAUUUAAAAUUGGUGAUGAAGCCAAACAAGAAUUCUACAGUCCCAACUAUCCACACAAUUAUCCACCGCUUCAAGAUUGUGUGCGGAUUCUCGAGGCGGAAAAAGGGAUGCUUAUAAAACUUGACUUCCGAGAUUAUUUCGAGCUUGAGGCGCCUAUGACUACUAGUGAUAAAAAACCAGAGUGUGCAUUUGAUUACUUCGAGGUGCGUGACGGAUUCUAUGGAUUCUCUACUCCAAUUGGCAACUACUGUGAUAAAAAUUUUCCACCUGAAAUUACAUCCAGAUCGAGGUAUCUCUGGUUACAUUUUCAUAGUGAUGAUACGAUUGAAUACAAAGGCUUCAAAGCAAUUUGGAGUCAAGUACCAAGGCCAACUUAUCCGGGAGUACCAUCCGAACCAGAACCUUGCAUUAAGUAUGUGACUGAAGAAGCUGAAGCAAUAAUUAGCAAUACUGAUAUUGAAGAAGAAAAAAAAAUAGCGACGAAAAAUAAUGUACCGCUGGAUUGUUUAUGGGUUAUUAGAGCGAAAGAAAAAUGGCGAAUGCAACUAACAUUUGAAUUUUUUAAAUUGGACAAACCAAACGAUUGUGAUGCCAAUUUCCUUUCUGUUUUUGACAAAGAAACAGAGAUGAAAUCGUUAGUGAAAAAUUUUUGUGGCAGUAUAGCUGAAACUGUUAACACUAAAUCCAACAUCAUGUAUAUCAGAUUUUACUUAGAAAUCAAAGCGAUCAACAGCAGUUUCAAAUCACUAAUGACUGCCAUCAGAGAUAAGGAACCCAAUGUUCAAUCAUGCAACGACGAUGAAUAUGAUUGUGAUGACGCUACGUGCAUUGCUGGAUUUUUACGAUGUAAUGGCCGUGAAAAUUGUCGCCUCAAAUGGGAUGAAGACCAAUCUAUUUGUCGGAAAAGUCCUGGUGCAAUAGCUCUAGAUUCUACUCGAAUAAUAAUAAUACUUGUGAUAUUUUCGUUAAUUAUGUUUGGAAUGUGUUUUUCCUUCAUAUUCAACUGUGUCCAUAAACUCGUACGGGAUCAUCGAAUAAUAAAAGAGCAUAUUCGAAUGUCACGGGAGAAUCGCUUAGAUGAAAUAGGUCGUAAAGCAACUCCAGGCCCAUUGUCACAGUCUCAAACUGAUAUUCAUCAAUGUGAUAGUGAAUCUCCAAGUUUAGAGUUAGAAACAAGUAAAGAACUAGUGCCAGGUGCAACAUUGAUAGCGCAUGAAUAUACUAAAGAACUUGUUUUAGAAAUGAACUACGGUACGAGAGAGAUAAAUGAUAUCCAUCAAAGUAACAACGUUAGUAAUGCUACACAAGAACGUUUACAAGAGUCUAACGACGAACCAGAAAUGUGCGAUAAUUCUUGUCAAACACGUGAAAGCCUUUUUGAUUCCCGCAUAUUAGUUCCAAGAGUAUCAUCUCCGGCUUUCUCAACAUUUGGAUACCGUAAUGUUGGUAGUUCACAAAACGGAAUAGGUACAUCUACACGAAAAGCUUCCCAAGGUCAGAUAUCUCCGCAAAGCCCGAAACAAAGUAUCACUAGUACUUUAAGAACACGUCAAUCAUCUGAGUCGUGUUCUAUUUGUAACUCAGAUAUACAAAGUCACGUUAGUAAUGAAAUUAUUUGUUCAAGUCACACUCCAAUACCUGCACCACCAGGAUGGUCAGUCCAUGAACCAAAUUAUCUGCCUCUCAAUUCAGUGGAUGUUGGUACUGAUUCUGACUACCCAAGUUACCACAGAUAUCAAAGUCCUAAGCCAGAACGAACACUACCAGGUUUCAAAGAACCAAUACUUAGCAGACAAGCUACUAUUGGUUCUGGCGAAAGAUACGGAAGUCUAUAUGGUUCUGGUCGAGGUUCUAGCAAUACUCACAGUAAUCCAAAUAGUUCACAAAAUUCAGAUGCUUCAAAAUGCCUGCAUUCUGAUCCACGGUAUCGUGCAGAAGCGAUAAUCGAGGUAGACCAAAAGAGGCCUUUUAGUAUAGAAAGUACCAAGAGCGCACCGGAUGUCAUUGCAACUCACUGACGGCGGGAAGGUGGGGAUUGGGAGCCAUACAAGAGACGCCAUCCCCGUAUGACAUCUCAGAGUACCCUAUUAUCAUACAACUCUGGUCAAGUACCCCUUGUAAAUGUCGGCACACAGAGUUCAUUAGAUGAUGAUACGUGUUUCAUAUCUCCCUUGCAGCAGUUGAUGACUUCCUGAUCCACGUAUACUACCGCGUUACGUCAAACAAAUCGAAGAUUUGUUAAUAAUACGUUGGAACCUGCUGAUAGUCAAAUCAUAUUAAAACCACCAGAACAAUUCCAAUCACCAGUAAAUAGUUGGCGUCUCUUUGGAUGUAAUAAUAGACGUCAUUAUCAUUUAAAUAAUUUGCGUGCUACGAUGCCUUGUUGUCUUCUCAAACGUUGCUCUCAGGAUACGUUUUAUCGUACUUGGCCUAGUAGAAUAAUAAAACAGACAAUACCAAAAAAAAAAACUAUAGCAACCCAAAGUUCACCAGGAAUCAAUGGCAAUGGAUCAACAGGAAUCAAUCGAUUAGUUUGGUUUACCGGUUCAACUGAGAGUAGAUCAUUCAAUAGAGAGAUUGGUGUGUCAAUACGCUUCUAAAGAGGAUUUUACUACCAGGAGUAUUCAAUGCUGGCAGAAUUUCCAACGUAAUCAUUCAAGCUUUGUUACCUUUUGAGGGUUGCAAAGACGAAACGCGGAUAAUUGAAGACUCAGGAAAAUCGAUUUUCGAUCAAAUGCAAAAACUCUGCGUACAGAUGAGUUAACUUUAUCGUUUAAUUUUUACUUUUAUUUGUUUUUUUCUUUAUAUUGCUCCUUUUACAUCAAAUCGUCACUGCCAGAUAUUUUUCAAUUUUAAAGUAUUUUACAGCGAAAAAUGAAUUUUCAUUUAAUUAGAUUCACAAUCUUAUAUAAUAUAUAUUUAAUAAUAUAUUUAUAUUAGAUUGUGUAGACACAUACAUAUCGUUGCCCCGGAGGCAGAACUUUAUAAAUUAUAAGUUUUUAAGAUGUUCUUUUUUUCAUAGAUAAUAAAUAAAAUAUCACGUGAUGAGUAACGUGAUAUUUUUCAUAGCAAAAAAAAAGGAAAUGAAAAUAAAUAAAGUUUCAAUGACCACGUGAAAUUUUUAUAAUAAGAAUAAUAAAGAUUUGAAUGAUUUGUACAAUGCUAUUUAAAUUUUACACUGGUACUCUGUAGCAUGAAAAAUUUUAUCAAAUUCAUCAUUAAAUAAUGUAUUUAAAGAUAAAGGAGUUGAAAAAAUCCUGAUCUCAAAUUUUCAAUGAGAAAGUUAAAAUAAAAUAAUGAUAAAAAUGACUAUCUAAAUUUUGUCACAAAUAUAAAAAAUAAAUGAAUAAAUGAAUAACUGUUAGGAUAAUAGACAGAAUAUAUUUUUUCACAUUGAUUAAAAAUCAUAUGUAUUAAAUUUGAAUAAAAAAUUAACUUGUUCAUAUUUGGAUACACAGUAAUAUCAAGGUGCAUUUAUUUUUGGGUUUAUGGCAUUUUUUGUUAUUUCACAUAAUUAUUGUUCAGGAGAAUGAAAAGCGAAUAAAUAACUACAAAUGUUCAGCGAUGAAAGCGAAAAAAAAAAAUUUUAUUUUUAAUAGAUCCCAGUAUGAACAAGUGAUCUUGUUUAUUUUUAGCAAAUAAAUAAUACUUUUCAUAAUACCAGCAUUGAAACUUAAAGUUUCAGUGUCUCUACAGCCAGUCGAAACAUAGUUCUGACUUUUUAAUUAAGUUUUAUAAAAAUAAGUGUCAAUAAUAAAUAGUAUUUAUAGAUUCUGCUUAAUUGUAAAUUCCUAAUGACAAUUUACCAUUACGCUAAUAGUUGAUUACACCAUUGGUCUUAAAUCAACUUGUUUCUAACUAGCUGUUAAUACUGAAAUGUUGUUCCAAUGUAGGUAAUCAUGAAAAUUGUAGUGUGUAACUCAGGAUGAAACACGAUUUUAGACUGCGGGUGAUGUCCCCCAACUUCAGCCUGGUCUGAUAUCGUUUUGUUUCAUCCCUCGUUUUACAAUAUACUAUUUAAUCAGUGUAGUCAAUUAAUAUUGUUAUAUAGUAGUUAUAUAAACAUGAAAAUAGUUUAUUCAACCGUUAAUUAAAAAAAAACAAUAAAAUAUUAAAAUAAUAAUAAUAAUAAUUAGAUUUACUGAUGCACGGAAAAAAGAAUUACGGAAAAAUGUUUGAUUAGAUUAUGUAGCUUAUUAACGGUAUUUUUACAUAUCUACUUUGUUGUUGUUACGCUAUAAAACUGUAACGCUAACUAGUGUAAUCAUGUAAACAUUAAAUAUGAAUUUUAUAAUAGUAUUUUUAUGAUAUUGAUUUAUGUUACAUUUACUGAAUAUAUGUAUGUGUGAAAUUUACGCGAUCGUGGAAACGUUUUAUUAUAUAUUUUGGAAAUUGAAAAUAGUAUAUUAGGUGGCAAGAUAUGGAAGACGAUUUUAUGCGAGGAUGCAGUUGACUGUCAGAGCCAAAGAUGAUGGCUCAUAAUACCUGAAGUCUGAAAUCGUAUUUUAUUGCGUGCCAUGCACUAUGUUUCUCAUAUUAUCUGCAUUGAUACAAGGUGUUUUAAUGUAUCGAGUCAUAUUCACAAGCAAAGCCAUGGCUCUUUAUUAAUUUUUUAAAUAAAACCGUCAGUCUGGUUGGUUAUUAAAAUGACAUAAAUAUUUAGAGGUUCCCAAUAAAUAUAAUUGUUUCCACUGGCUGAUUUGAACCAUUCACAAUUCACCCACUCGCUAAUAGUUGUCCGUGGUAUUAAUUUGAAAUUGAAUUUGAAGUUUGGAUUCUGAUGUCAUACAAACGUAACUAUUACAACGUCAAUUUGUAACACUUUCAACUUUCAAGUAUUGAAAAUAACAACAAACGUGUGAAUGUAAAUUGAAUCCAAAUUUACUCACAUAAGAAUAUAUAUUGAUUUUAUACAAUUUUCUGUAAUUUUCAUAGAACUAUUUUUUCCGUGCUAUUAUAUUAUAGAUAUGCUAAUGCUUUAUGUACAAAUCUAUGUAUUAAUAAACUAAUAGUAUAUAAA